AUGGCGGCGAAGAGAGAGCCUCCGCUAUUGAUGGAUGUACGGCCCGCCGACUUCGAGGUGCUGGAGGAUGGCAAGAACGUCUUUGCUAGUUCUGUGUCCAUCUUGGAGUCAAGUCCUUCAUCUCCAGAGCCAGCAAGUCUUCCUGCAGAAGACCUCAGCACAAACUCUAAUGGUCCAAAGCCAGCAGAAGUCAUGCCAGAUGAUGAUAGAGAAAACCUCUUUUCUGAAGCCACAGAAGAAGUUUCAUUGGACAGUCCAGAAAGGGAUCCAGUACUUUCACCAGAACCUAUUCUUGCAAUCACUCCUGUAACACCUACUACGUUAGUAGGUCCCAGAAUGGAAUUGAAAAGUGUAACAGCCCCUGUGAUUUUUGAUACAUCCAGAGAAGAGAUUGAAGAGGAAGCAAACGGAGAUUUGCUUGAUAUAGAAAUCAAUGUAUCGGACCCAGAGAAAGUUGGGGAUGGCAUGAAUGCUUAUAUGGCAUACAGAGUGACAACAAAGACAUCCCUUUCCAUGUUUCACAAAAAUGAAUUCUCUGUUAAAAGAAGAUUCAGCGAUUUCCUUGGCUUGCACAGCAAAUUAGCAACAAAGUACAUGCAUAUUGGUUACAUUGUGCCUCCCGCUCCAGAAAAAAGUAUUGUAGGCAUGACCAAGGUUAAAGUAGGCAAGGAAGAUUCUUCAUCUGCUGAAUUUAUAGAAAAAAGAAGAGCAGCAUUAGAAAGGUAUCUACAAAGAACAGUAAAACACCGUACCUUGUUGCAGGAUUCAUAUUUAAGGCAGUUCUUGGAAAGUUCUGAGCUGCCGAGAGCAGUUAACACCCAGGCUCUGAGUGGAGCAGGAAUAUUGAGGAUGGUAAACAAGGCUGCUGAUGCUGUCAACAAAAUGACAAUCAAGAUGAAUGAAUCAGAUGCAUGGUUUGAAGAAAAACAGCAGCAAUUUGAGAAUCUGGAUCAGCAGCUUAGGAAACUUCACGCCAGUGUCGAAGCAUUAGUCUGCCACAGAAAAG